UCCAACUUGGUUUGAUCACUCUUGAGUGAGUCCAAAAAUUUGCUUAAAAACGUUCAUAACGCCCACGAAUUUCCAUUUCUUCACUCCUCAGCCAUUCAUUAUAGCCUUAAUUUUUCCUCUCCCAACCAUGUCUGAAUCUGACCAAAACGCAAACUCAAAAACCCCCGAGCCCAAGGUUAGACCAGUUGGUGGCACCGAGUAUAGCUGGUGCAGAGCCGUGCCGAGUGGGACUGGCAUCACAGUCUUGUCCCUCCUCAUCUCUAAUUCCCCAGAUAUCCCACUUUUCGAAGCAGCAAUUUCCAGGCUCCAAGUUUCCCAUCCCAUCCUUCGUUCCAGGCUCCACUUUGACGCUUCCGGGAACACUUUUUCUUUCGUUACAUAUCGUAAUCUUCGUGUUAAAAUCCAAUCGUUUGAUCUCCAAUCAACUUCCCACAUUCUCCAAAGCCUCUCAGGCAAUUCCAACAUCGAUUCACACCAGUCUUUACUCGAACAUGAACUCAAUAGAAACUCAUGGAGCCGCAGUACCGAUAAUGACCAAGCUGAGCAGGAUGUUUUUUUCGUCAGCCUUUACUCUCUCAGCGAGACAAGGUGGGUGGUGGUGUUCCGGCUGCACACGUCAGCUUGUGACCGUGCCGCUGCGGUGGCUCUGUUGAGGGAAUUAUUGGAGUUAAUGGGUGGUGGAAGAGCCAACAUAGAGGAGAUAGGGAAGGGAAAUGAAGAGAUAGAAGUCGAAUUGAGUUUGGGAAUUGAAGAUUUGAUUCCUAGUGGUAAAGCUAACAAGCCUUUUUGGGCUCGUGGGGUUGACAUGCUUGGGUAUUCGUUGAACUCUUUCAGGCUGUCGAAUCUGAACUUUGUUGAUGCUAAUUCGGCUAGACGUUCUCAGCUUGUGAGAUUGCAGAUGGACCCAGAGGAGACUGACAGGCUUGUUACUGGUUGCAAAUCAAGAGGCAUUAAACUGUGUGGAGCCCUGGCAGCUGCUGGUUUGAUUGCAGCUCGGUCCACUAAAGCCUUUCCUGAUCAGCAGAGCGAAAAAUAUGCUGUUGUAACCCUCAUGGACUGUCGAUCCAUUCUUGACCCUGUUCUCAGUAGCAAUCAUCUUGGAUUUUACCAUUCUGCUAUUUUAAAUACGCAUGACGUGACUGCCAGUGAAGAUAUAUGGGAGUUAGCGGAUAGAUGCUACACAUCUUUUUCCAACGCCAAGAACAACAAGAAGCAUUUCACGGAUAUGAAUGACCUGAACUUCCUCAUGUGUAAGGCCAUUGAAAACCCUGGAUUGACUGCGUCAUCAUCCUUGAGAACUGCCUUCAUUUCGGUUUUUGAAGACCCUGUGAUCGAUGAAUCCAACAAACUGCACGAAGAAAUUGGCAUGGUGGAUUACGUGGGGUGCUCUUCGGUUCACGGUGUCGGUCCUACUCUUGCCAUAUUUGACACCAUACGCGAUGGAUGUUUGGAUUGUGCUUGUGUGUAUCCGGCGCCACUGCACUCAAGAGAACAAAUGCUGGAACUGAUUGAUUCUAUGAAAAGAAUUCUCGCAGAUAGUAGUGUCAAUAACGAGGAAAAUGAUAGCUAGAUCUUUUAUUCAGUGAACAUCGUGCUCAUGAACAAUUUAUUUACUAAUUUGCUCUCAUAAAUGAGAAAUGAAUGAGAUUUCGAAUUUCUAUAUUUCAGCAAAC